ACAGUCACAUUCAGCCCCCAGUCACAGUCACCCCAAGCACUUUCUAGACAGUCACAGUCACCCCCAGCACCUUCAGACAGUCACAGUCACCCCAAACACCUUCAGACAGUCACAGUCACCCCCGGUCACAGUCACCCCCAAAACGCCUUCAGACAGUCACAGUCAGCCUCAGUCACAGUCACUAAGCACCUUCAGACAGUCACAGUCACCCCCAAACACCUUCAGACAGUCACAGUCACCCCAAGCACCUUCAGACAGUCACAGUCACCCCAAGCACCUUCAGACAGUCACAGUCACCCCCAAAGCACCUUCAGACAGUCACAGUCACCCCAAACACCUUCAGACAGUCACAGUCUUCAAACACCUUCAGACAGUCACCCCAAACACCCAGACAGUCACAGUCACCCCCAAACACCUUCAGACAGUCACAGACACCCCAAACACCUUCACAGUCACAGUCACCCCAAGCACCUUCAGACAGUCACAGUCACUCAAGCACCUUCAGACAGUCACAGUCCCUCAAACACCCUCAGACAGUCACAGUCACCCAAGCACCUUCAGACAGUCACAGUCACCCCCAAACACCUUCAGACAGUCACCCCAAGCACCUUCAGAAGUCACAGUCACCCCCAAACACCUUCAGACAGUCACCCCGAACACCUUCAGACAGUCACAGUCACCCCCAAACACCUUCAGACAGUCACCCCCAAGCACCUUCAGACAGUCACAGUCACCCCAAACACCUUCAGACAGUCACCCCAAACACCUUCAGACAGUCACCCCAAACACCUUCAGACAGUCACCCCCAAACACCUUCAGACAGUCACAGUCACCCUAAACCUUCAGACAGUCACAGUCACCCAAACACCUUCAGACAGUCACAGUCACCCCCAAACACCUUCAGACAGUCACAGUCACCCCCAAAGCACCUUCAGACAGUCACAGUCACCCCAAACACCUUCAGACAGUCCAGUCCCCCCAAGCACCUUCAGACAUUCACAGUCACCCCCAGCACCUUCAGACAGUCACAGUCGCCCCAAACACCUUCAGACAGUCACAGUCACCCCAAGCACCUUCAGACAGUCACAGUCACCCCAAGCACCUUCAGACAGUCACAGUCACCAAGCACCUUCAGACAGUCACAGUCACCCCCAAACACCUUCAGACAGUCACAGUCACCCCAAACACCUUCAGACAGUCACAGUCACCCCAAACACCUUCAGACAGUUCCAGUCACCCCAAACACCCCAGACAGUCACAGUCACUAAACACCUUCAGACAGUCACAGUCACCCCCAAGCACCUUCAGACAGUCACAGUCAGCCCCAAACACCUUCAAACAGUCCCAGUCACCCCCAAGCACCUUCAGACAGUCACAGUCACCCCCAAGCACCUUCAGACAGUCAAAGUCACCCCCAAACACCCUCAGACAGUCACAGUCACUAACACCUUCAGACAGUCACAGUCACCCCCAAGCACCUUCAGACAGUCCCAGUCACUCCCCAGUCACUCACCACAGCGUAACUCACACCCUCACCAACAAGUUAUAAACAAACACGUCGGACAUCAACCCCAGACUAACAAACACUUGACCCCUUAG